CCACAUUUUCUAGAGUCCACAAUCGCUGGGGAGACUAUUACUACCAAAGAAAGCGACCAUCCAGACAGACAGCGUGGUUACUCGAAGCUCUCCACUUCAUCAAUCAAUCCAUUCCAACAUUUAACGAACUUUUUGACGAGGAGACCUUUUAUGUAUUCGCAUUUCUCGUCGUGGUGUUCGCGAUACUCACCGCUAUAUUCUUGUCAAAGGUGGUGGGAAUUACGAUAAAGGAACACAAUAUCAGCGUCGAUCGAGACUGGGGACGACCAGAACUAGCGAAUCCUUUCAGAUUUCCAUGGAAAAUGAAGAAGCAUAAAUAA